CUGUACCUAGGGUCUAGGAUCGAGAAUGACGUGUGCCUGCUGGAGCACGCCACCGGCAAGCUCGUUGCCCCGAAGGACCCCGACCCCCUAGGUGCUUCCCCGUCGGAGGUGGCUGAGGCUCGCUUUGAGAAGGCGCAGUUGGCGGCUAGUAGCUGGGCGGCGCGGGACGAUGCUACCGUGCUCGCCAUCACCGACCUCCUGCCACUCACCCCCCAGCAGCAGCAGCAGCAGCAGCAGCAGCAGCAGCAGCAGCAGCAGCAGCAGCAGCAGCAGCAGCAGCAGCAGCAGCAGCAGCAGCAGCAGCAGCAGCAGCAGCAGCAGCAGCAGCAGCAGCAGCAGCAGCAGCAGCAGCAGCAGCAGCAGCAGCAGCAGCAGCAGCAACAGCCACAGCAGCAGUGGCAGCAGCAGUUCCAGGGCCAGCGCCAGCAGACAUAG